CUUGCGGCAGCCGAAAGAGCAAGAAUAUCACUCAAAAACCGUCUAUCUCUAUAUGUAUACCUAUACUUAUAGACAUCGUCGAUGUCAAGACUUGAGACGGCCUUCGCCGUUGUUGUAGUGCACUACUCCGUGAUCUCGAAUUUGCAACCAAUUUACCGAUGACUUGGACGACGUUAUAGUUUCAUCGGCUUUAAAGACUGCACUCGUAGCAGAAGAGAUUCACAGUGCGCGAAAUAUAUAAGUACAACGAGGGGGGAAGAGUGCACUUUCUGCUACGAACGACGAUACCACGACGUGCAGCCAGUUGGUAGUGGGUACCUAUCCAGACAUCUGAACAACAUUUGAGACACCAGCAAUAUAACUGACAACAUGCCAGUGUAGUUAACUUAUUGCUCAUCACAUGGGAUAUAACUUCAAUGUCUGACGAGAAACAGGUUUACAACUGUUGAUUGUUGAGUGUUAAACUUUGGUGUUAACUUGAUCAUUGCAAUCCUGCAUGCUUCGCAUCCACCAACAAACAUCACCAGCAGAGCACCCCAUUUCAAUUAAUUUGCCAAAUAUUUCGACAAAGUAGAUCAAGUAAUGGCUGCAUAUAUCAAUCGCACAAUGUCUAUGAUUGCUGGAGAGAAUCAAUUUCGCACAAAUGAUAUUAGAACUGAAAAUUCUCCUCUGCAGAUAUUUGUCAAAGCCAAGAAAAAGAUCAAUGACAUCUUUCUUGAAAUUGAUGAUUAUGUGGAUGACACAGUACGGUUUAUUGGAUCACUGCGAGAUGAUCACAAUAUCAUUAGCCCUCCAGAGGUGAAAAAGGUUGAAAGCUAUACAGAUAAAGUACAAGGGAUCAGAGAUGUUCUCAAGAGGGAUCACAUGAAAGUGGCCUUCUUUGGAAGAACAAGCAAUGGAAAGAGUACUGUUAUCAAUGCUAUGUUAAGAGACAAAAUAUUACCCAGUGGUAUAGGUCACACAACUAACUGUUUUCUACAAGUUGAGGGAUCUGAAGGGGGAGAAGCAUAUCUAGUUACUGAAGCUUCUGAUGCAAAGCAGCCAGUCCAAUCAGUUGGACAACUUGGUCAUGCUUUAUGCAAAGAAAAAUUAUGCGAAAGCAACUUAGUAAGAAUAUUCUGGCCAAAAGACAAGUGCCUACUUUUAAGAGAUGAUGUAGUCUUUGUGGAUAGUCCUGGUGUUGAUGUCACACCAAAUCUUGAUGAUUGGAUUGACAAACAUUGCCUGGAUGCUGAUGUUUUUGUUUUGGUUGCUAAUGCGGAAUCUACAUUGAUGAUUGCGGAGAAAAACUUUUUCCACAAAGUUUCAACAAAAUUGUCAAAACCAAAUAUUUUCAUACUCAACAAUAGAUGGGAUGCAUCUGCAUCAGAGCCAGAGUUCCUCGAUGAGCUGGUCGAUGAGCAAAAGGAGGUGAGAGCGCAACAUCAGGAGCGUGCCGUAGAUUUUCUAGCAAAGGAAUUAAAGGUGUGCAAUCCUAAGGAUGCGGAGGAGCGUGUUUUUUUCAUUUCGGCUAAGGAAACGUUGCAAGCGCGACUUCAGGAGGCACGUGGCCAACCAGCUCACAAUGGUGCACUCGCUGAAGGAUUCCAAAACCGGUACUUCGAGUUCCAAGAUUUCGAGCGUAAAUUUGAAGAAUGUAUCUCUAAAUCAGCCGUCAAAACUAAAUUCGAACAGCAUUCCCAGCGAGGCAAACACAUCGCUACGGAAAUACGUCAAACUCUGGACGAGAUUCUGGAACGAACGCAAAAGAUGAAAUCCGAGCAAGUAAACGUGAAAAAAGAAGUGCAUGAUAAGCUGAAUUUUACCGAACAACAGCUCAUGAUCCUUACGCAAGAGAUGAAGGAUAAAAUCCACCGCAUGGUUGAAGAUGUAGAGCAGCGAGUCUCCAAAGCUCUGAACGAAGAAAUUCGUCGCCUCGCCGUUCUCGUAGACGAAUUCAGCGUCCCCUUUCACCCGGAGCCCCUAGUACUCAACGUUUACAAACGCGAACUCCAUGUUCAUGUGGAGAACGGUCUUGGCUCGAAUUUGAGAGCACGUUUGAGUACUGCUCUUGCGUUGAACAUCGAGAACUCGCAGAGGGAGAUGACCGAGAGGAUGUCCUGUCUGCUACCUGAGAACAAGCGGCAGAUGUCGUUGAACGUGAUGCCGAGAAGGGAACCGUUUGAAAUUCUUUAUAGGCUUAACUGCGAUAAUCUGUGCGCAGAUUUCCACGAGGACUUGGAAUUCCGGUUCUCUUGGGGUAUCACUGCGCUUAUCAACAGGUUCGCUGGAAAACAAAGUCAGAGGCUUGCUAUCACGAAUUUACCGCAGGAGAUUCCACAGUCUCUUGUUUCACCUGCAGAUAGCAUAGACUCUUCUAAAUUCGUUUCUACCGCGAAUUGUUUUGCACCAAGGCAGGAUGAUUGGUCACUGGCUACCAGAGUAGCAAUAGCGUCGAUAACUUCUCAGGGAACGAUGGGAGGUCUUAUAGUAGCAGGAUUUAUGUUAAAAACUGUUGGUUGGAGACUCAUAGCAGUAACUGGAGCGAUUUAUGGAGCUUUAUACAUGUACGAACGUUUAACGUGGACGAAUAAAGCAAAGGAACGUGAAUUUAAGAGGCAAUAUGUUUCACAUGCUACAAAGAAGCUGAAACUUAUUGUUGAUCUUACUUCGGCCAAUUGCAGUCACCAAGUUCAACAAGAAUUGUCGAGCACAUUCGCACGAUUAUGCCACUUGGUAGACGAAACCACGUCUGAAAUGGAUAGUGAAUUGAAGACGAUCGCUACGACACUUCGUACUUUGGAGGAGGCAGCCACCAACGCUAAAGUACUCAGAAACAAAGCGAAUUAUUUAGCAAAUGAACUCGAUCUAUUUGAUGCAGCUUACUUGAAAUCUUUACAUUAAAAUUUUUGUUUUAUAAAAGCGCAUCCUUUCCACAGUAGUACAUCGUGGAAAAACGAUAAGUGCUCUGUUAAUGUACAUAUACAUAGACGAAUUCUCUCUUAUCACAGAGAACAACUUGUCACAUGUCAGAGGAAUGUUUCUAAACUUUAAAUUCUAGUCUCAGUUUCUCUGAUCCUUCUUUCUUAUAAUUGCAUAGCAGCAAAUGUUGAUUUUUUUAAUUCUAUCCUGAUUGAAUUUCAUUGAACAAAAGAAAAAUUUUCUAGCAUUGAUUUAUUUGUAUGAUUGGAUCAACAAUGGUGUUUUAAACCAAUUUUUGAAUUAAGUUACAUCUAGAUCUAUUAUCUUUUUAUUUGUAUGAUUAUGAGCUGCGCUUGAUAGAUAUUAGAUAAACUUGAUAUACACAUGAUUAUAAAAUUUAGCAUAAUAAACGAUUUAUUGUUAAUAAAAAA